AUGGAGGAGUUUCUACGCAACUGGAGGCAAGACGCCUUGAAUAAAGGGCAAUACGAUUCAGCGGUAUAUAUUGGUGAUAAAGUGCUUGCUUUAACCACGCUUCUAUCCACGAAAGAUCUCAUCACUCGGAACUCAUCAUGUCGAUACCUUGCUGCCCAUUGCUAUAUCAAACAGAACAAAUUCGAUCUUGCGCUAUCCAUACUUGGGGAACACAACCCAACCCAUCUGAUUCAGAGUGCCAGCCGACGAAAAAAGCCGCACUUGAAUGGCGGCUCCCAUGUCACCCUUAGGAACGGACGCUCUAUACCAUCUCGCACGGAUAAGAGCGAUGCGGAUGCGUACCAGGAUGCCAACCAUAUUAAAUAUGAGGCCGCCAUGUGUUAUCUACGAGGGUGCUGCUUUGCAAAUCAAAAUGCUUUUGACCGCGCGAGAGACUGCUAUAAGGAUGCUGUACGGAUUGAUGUACAGUGCUUCGAGGCAUUUGAUCGGCUUAUGAGAAACUCCCUUAUGUCCCCAGCCGAAGAACUUGAGUUUUUAGAAUCACUGGACUUCGACUCAAUAACUCCGUCCUCAGAUGUCUCCCUUUCUCAGGAAGCAUCAGAAUUCACGAAGUUGCUGUAUACAACUAGGCUAUCAAAAUACUCGUCCUGUUCUGCAUUGUCCCAUGCCAUAGAGACUCUCUCCACUCACUAUAACCUCGCAGAUAACUCAGACCUCCUCCUCUCUCGCGCAGAAACGCUCUACACUCAGUGUCGGUUUCCGGAAGCGCUUUCUUUAACCUCAUCGAUUCUCUCCGCUUCGGAUUCAAUGUCUGCAUUAGUAUCUCAGGGAAGUCAAAGUCAAAAUCUUGGGCAUUCCCCAUCAGUCUACCCCCUCCAUCUUGCCUGUCUUUACGAAACGGGCGCUACGAAUGCUCUGUUUCUCCUCGCACAUACUUUAUCAGAUAAUGUUCCAGAGGAGCCUUAUACCUACCUUGCCAUUGGUGUUUACUAUCUCUCAGUCUCGAAGAUUGCUGAGGCCAGGCGAUUCUUCUCCAAGUCUUCCCUCCUCGACCCUCACUCGGCGCCAGCUUGGAUUGGAUUUGCGCAUACAUUUGCUGCAGAGGGUGAGCAUGACCAAGCUAUUGCAGCCUAUAGUACUGCUGCUAGACUAUUCCAAGGGAGCCACUUACCCCAGCUCUUCCUAGGAAUGCAGCAUCUGGCAUUGAAUAAUAUGGCUCUAGCACAUGAGUAUCUGUCUGCUGCAUAUUCCAUGUCUUCAGGAUCCCCCUCAACUAGCAACACUCUCUCCUUAAGCGUCAAUUCCGCUGGAGAACCCCCCAUUCCCGGACCCUCUGGUGGAGACCCUCUAGUGCUUAAUGAGCUUGGAGUCGUCUUAUAUCAUGAAGCUAACCUGGAAGACGCUGUUCACCUCUUCCGGCAAGCUUUAGCAUUAUCUGUUUCCCUAGAAUGUGACCCCAGUGCUUGGUUGGCAACCCGGGCAAAUUUGGGUCAUGCGCUUCGUCGACUAGGAAAAUUGGAAGAAGCUUUGUCCGAGUUUGACGAAUGCCUUCGUAUAGGUGCUGGUGGUUCAACGACAAUUUAUACCGGUUAUACAGGCAGGGCAGGGGCAGGUGCAGUCAGGUCUGCUGGUGCGUCCGCUGUGGGAGGUUACGAAGACAGAGGUCUAAUAGGAUCCUUCCACACAGCCCGUGGUAUAAUACUAUUAGAAAUGGAUCGGACGACUGACGCUGUUACAGCAUUGCAUGAAGCUGUACGAGUACUAGGCACUACUGGUGGGGAUGCAGCAGCUGGUGCUGGAGUUGCAGGUACUUUACUUUCAAAAGCUCUCGAAGUUUGGGCUGUCGAGGAAGAGACCAGAGUAGUGUCGUUCCAAGACACAAGUAAGGCACGCAAAGGAAAAUAUUCUUCUGCCAAUUCCAAUAAUGAGAAAUCAAGGCAUAGGUCUACAGCCAAAGGAACCAAGAAAUCGACGACUGUAGAUGAAUGGACAGAUGAUGUUCCUGACCGACCAUCAUCUAGCGGACCGGAUGCCCAAAAUAUCGGCAUGGAACUUGAUGGAGACGCCAAUGAUUUACUUGAGCACGCCCUAGCACUGCUCACGAAGCGCGGCCUCGUUCUGACAUACCAGAACCAAGUCGGCUCCGGUCGACAAGGACAACUCGAAGGCGAAGUCCUCAACGAGGCCCUGGUGGAUGAUAUAUUAUGCCAGCCACUUCCUGACCAUAGACUGAUGCCGUUGGAGCAUUACCAAAAAAGCAUUUUUAUGAAUUGCUAA